AUGCCCGAUCUUGGAUUCGACCCACUCAACCGCGAGCCCCCAGCUACUGAACUAGUGUCAUCGUUUCUUACAACAAAAGAUGCUUACGACCGCAAUCAUGGAGACAUACCAGAAAUCGAUGCCUCAAAACACCAAGUUCGGGUAGAUGGAGCCGUGCAGACCAUACUGGACCUUUCAGUGUCCGAUUUGGAAGCCCUGCCUCAACAUACUGUUGUCUCUGCGCUCCAAUGUGCUGGCAUUAGAAGACAUACGAUGCGCACAGCUAUCAAGGAAGUACAAGGUAUUGAUUGGUUUGAUGGAGCUGUGAUGAAUUGCAAAUGGCGAGGACCAAGACUCAAGGAUAUCUUGGAGAAAGCGCAGGUUAUUCUCUCCAAGGAAGAGAAAGGCCAUGUAGCGUUUGCAAGCCAUGCACAGACCUGUCAGGAGGAUGAAUGGUACGGAGCUUCGAUUGAUCUUGGGAGAGCACUUGAAGAAGACAAGGAUGUCAUAUUGGCGCUCGAGAUGAAUGGAGAGCCACUUAGCAAAGAGCAUGGAUUUCCUGUUCGAGUGAUAGUUCCCGGUAUUGCUGGUGCCCGAAGUGUCAAGUGGCUAGAUCGCAUCACGGUGCAAACGGUAGAGAGCUCCAACUACUAUCAACAACACGAUUACAAGAUUCUGCCACCAGAAGCAGUGGACAGCGAAACUGCCGAGAAGUUUUGGGAUAUGACACCAGCGCUGCAAACUAUGCCGGUCAACAGUGCCAUUGCUGUGCCUGAGCCCGGAUCGAAAGUGGAGAGGUCAGCAGAUGGUAUGGUGCUUGUCAAAGGAUUUGCUUUGCCCAGUGGAGAUGGUGGAGAGGUAGUAAAAGUUGAAGUGUCAGGAGAUGAUGGAAAGACAUGGGUUGAAGCAGACAUCGGGCAUGAUGCAGAUGAAAGUAGGUGGUCGUGGAGGUUGUGGAAGGCAAGCGUCAAGAUGGAGGCAGGCAAAGGUCUAUGUAUCUUCAGCAGAGCUACAGACGCGGCUGGAGAGACACAGCCGAAGCGAUCGCAGUGGAAUUUGCGAGGAGUGGCGUAUAAUGGAUACGGAGAGACGACAGAUCUCGAGGUCUUGUAA